AUGGACGGCACCGCAAAUCCAUACUUGUUCGUUGCCGCCAUUUUGCUUGCUGCUUUGGAUGGACUUAGCAAGAAAACAGAGUUAGUAUGGAAGGAUUGUAAGAUAUUCCCAGACCUAUUGGAUGAGAAAAUGCGGGUCGAGUAUGGCAUGGAUAAGAGUAUGCCAGUCACGUUCAAAGAGGCGUUGGAUUAUUUGAAGAACGAUGCCGAUAUGAGGACUUGGAUUGGAAAGGACUUACUGAAGUGGUUUAUUUCCGUCAAGGAUAAAGAGGUCGAGGAGUUUGCGAAGAUGGAUGACGAGCAGAGGCGGCUUUGCUUCCUAGAAUAUUUUUGA